AUGCAGCGCUCGUCGUUUGCUCCGCCGCCCGCGCACUCCCCUCCGCUACACCAUCCGGUGCCGCAACACGUCUCGACGGUCCCUAUGAUGCGAUCUCCUCCUCCGCCGGUUCCUCCGCAGUCCCAGAGUGCUGGCUAUGGGAAUCCAUAUCAGCCUGCGCCCGCGCAGGGCGGAAGCGGGACAUUUGCGCCUGGGUUCGGUGGUUUCAUCAACGAACCCACGGCCCAGAUGGGUUUCCAGGUGGGAAAGACUGCGAUGAUGGCUGGGCAAGAAUAUAUGGAACAAAAUUUCAACCGUUACAUUUCUAUCCCCGCCCUCAAGCACUACUUCAAUGUGUCCAAUUCCUAUGUCCUCAGCAAGCUAGCACUCGUAUUCUUCCCUUGGCGGCAUAAGCCUUGGUCUCGCCAGCAAGCACGUUUGACGGCGACUUCCGCAGGCCCCAAUGGUCAGAUCACGCAGCAACAAUACUCGUCGAUCUUCCUCCCUCCUCGUGAUGAUAUCAAUUCGCCGGAUAUGUACAUUCCAACGAUGGCCGUGGUGACAUAUAUUCUCCUCUGCACCGUUCUGGCCGGUCUCAGGGGCAGCUUCCACCCGGAGCUGCUGGGGUCCAUUACGACAACAGCUCUGGCUGUUAUAUUCUUUGAGAUUCUCUGCUUGAAGGUAGCUAUGUAUCUUCUGAGCAUCACAAACGACUCUCAGCUACUGGACCUAGUCGCGUAUUCAGGAUACAAAUUCGUUGGAAUCAUCGUGACCAUGCUUGUGUCUGAGAUUCUGACCCCGGGACGUGGAACUGGUGGCUGGGUUGGUUGGACAGUGUUUACCUACACUUUCCUUGCUAAUGCUUUCUUCCUGCUCCGCUCCCUUAAAUACGUCCUCCUUCCGGACUCUACCAGUGAUACCUCUAUGCGCACAGGCUCCAUGCACACUGUUGCCCGAUCUCAACGGAACCGCCGCACCCAAUUCCUCUUCAUCUAUUCGUACAUCGUCCAGUUCGUUUUUAUGUGGAUUCUCAGCAGGGAGGGUCCAGCAACUGCUGACGUGACGAAGACGGGUGCCGCGGGAACCCUAUGA